AUGGCUGCGCCCUUGGGACCGGUGAAGUUCUGGCGACCCGGUACAGAGGGACCAGGUGUCAGCAUCUCUGAAGAGAGACAGAGUCUGGCUGAAGACUCUGCACCACCCGUUGUCUACAAUCCCUACGCUGCCCUUUCUAUAGAGCAGCAGAGGCAGAAGCUGCCGGUGUUCAAGCUUAGGAAUCAUAUAUUAUACUUGGUAGAAAACUAUCAGACAGUGGUGAUUGUUGGAGAGACGGGAUGUGGGAAAAGUACGCAGAUCCCACAAUACCUUGCAGAAGCGGGCUGGACUGCCGAAGGAAGAGUGGUGGGAGUGACCCAGCCUCGAAGAGUGGCUGCUGUUACAGUUGCAGGGAGAGUAGCCGAGGAAAGGGGUGCAGUGCUGGGCCACGAGGUGGGCUACUGCAUCCGCUUUGACGACUGCACCGACCCACUGGCCACGAGAAUCAAGUUCCUGACUGAUGGAAUGUUGGUCAGGGAAAUGAUGGUUGAUCCAUUGUUAACAAAAUAUAGUGCCAUCAUGCUGGAUGAAGCCCACGAGAGGACCUUGUACACAGACAUUGCCAUUGGCUUGCUGAAAAAGAUUCAGAGAAAGCGAGGGGAUCUUCGAUUGAUUGUAGCUUCAGCCACUCUGGAUGCAGAGAAAUUUCGGGAUUUCUUUAAUCAGAAUGAAACCAAUGACCCAACGAGGGAUACUUGUGUGAUCCUUACAGUAGAAGGGCGAACAUUUCCAGUGGAUAUCUUUUAUCUACAAAGUCCUGUUCCAGAUUAUAUCAAAUCAACUGUAGAAACUGUGAUGAAAAUUCACCAGACAGAGGGAGAUGGAGACAUACUAGCAUUUCUGACUGGACAGGAAGAGGUGGAGACUGUCGUGUCUAUGCUGAUUGAGCAGGCUCGGGCGCUGGGUCGAACUGGGAUGAAGAGACACCUCCGGGUUCUCCCCAUGUACGCAGGACUACCUUCCUUUGAGCAAAUGAAAGUGUUUGAAAGGGUGUCCCGCAGCGUCAGAAAGGUGAUAGUGGCCACCAAUGUGGCCGAAACCUCCAUUACAAUCAGUGGGAUUGUGUAUGUGAUCGACUGUGGCUUUGUGAAACUCCGAGCCUACAAUCCCAGGACGGCCAUUGAGUGCUUGGUGGUGGUCCCGGUGUCCCAGGCAUCAGCCAAUCAGCGCGCAGGACGUGGUGGCCGCAGCCGCUCGGGAAAAUGUUACCGCCUUUAUACAGAGGAAGCCUUUGACAAGCUGCCUCAAUGCACCGUCCCUGAGAUGCAGCGUAGCAAUCUGGCGCCUGUCAUCCUACAGCUGAAAGCGCUAGGGAUCGACAACGUCCUCAGGUUCCACUUCAUGUCGCCCCCCCCAGCCCAGUCGAUGGUUCAAGCGUUGGAGUUACUCUAUGCUCUGGGAGGUCUGGACAAAGACUGUCGCCUAACUGAACCGCUUGGCAUGAGAAUCGCAGAGUUUCCUUUGAAUCCCAUGUUUGCAAAAAUGCUGCUUGAAUCAGGAAAUUUUGGCUGUUCUCAGGAAAUUCUAAGCAUUGCAGCUAUGAUGCAAAUCCAGAAUAUCUUUGUGGUCCCCUCAAACCAGAAGUCUCAGGCAAUUCGAGUGCACCGAAAAUUUGCUGUGGAGGAGGGUGAUCAUCUCACUAUGCUCAAUGUGUACGAAGCAUUUAUCAAACACAGUAAAAACUCUCAGUGGUGUCAGGAACAUUUCCUGAAUUACAAGGGUCUUGUCAGAGCGGCGACAGUGCGAGAGCAGUUGAAGAAGCUUCUUGUCAAGUUUCAAGUGCCCAAGAAAUCUAGUGAAGGUGAUCCGGAUCCAGUCCUGAGGUGCAUUGUUUCAGGAUUCUUCGCAAAUGCAGCAAGGUUUCAUUCUACUGGAGCUUAUAGGACUAUCCGUGACGAUCAUGAAUUACAUAUCCACCCUGCCUCGGUCCUCUAUGCAGAGAAGCCGCCUCGCUGGGUUAUCUACAACGAAGUUAUACAGACCUCCAAGUAUUACAUGAGAGACGUGACGGCCAUCGAAUCUGCGUGGCUGUUGGAGCUGGCUCCACACUUCUAUCAACAAGGAACGCACCUGUCCCUCAAAGCCAAAAGGGCCAAGGUCCAGGACCAGUGAGCGGAGCUCAGCUGCCGCCGCAGGGGGCUUGGCGCCCUCUCCUCCACACUGGGGUCCCCCGGCCCUGGGCAGCGAGCUGGCCUCGGCUCACGUGGAGUCUUCUGCUGCUCUGAAGUGGGCCGCAGCCUGUUUGUUAGCCCCUUCCUUCCCGCUCCCCUCGGCAUCUGCGUUCCUUGCUGGGAUCCCGGGGGCGUUCGUGCACGAGCGGGCACCCCGCUGCGCUGCACCCAGGCAGAGCGGGAGUGGGCAGGGCCGUGCUCUCUGCUCACACAGCGCCCCCACCGACCCAGCAUGCCACUUCCGACUGGC